AUGAAUAUUAACUUGGACAAUAAUGAGCCAGUUGAAAAAAGAAUUAAAUCUAAUGAAAUAGAAAAUGAUUCAUUCAAUAUUUUAAAUGAUGAAAGUAACACAAAUAGAAAUCCUGAAUAUCAAGAAAAGACAGAUUUAACAGAUAUUGAAGAUGAAAAUAUGCCACUAAGCAAAAAUGAUGAUGAUGAUGAUGAUAGCUUAUUUCCAUUUCCUCCAGAUAGUGAUGUUACAGAUAUGUUGGAAGGAGUAAAAUAUCAUGGAUUGUUUCCUACAAUUACAGAUCGUUAUUUUACUGCCUAUUAUAAAUUAGAUGUACAAAGUUAUACAGAUGAUAUUUGUAUUUUAAUGCAUAGUAAUCGAAUUUGUAUGCUUACUCUUGCCCCAAGUCAUGCAAUUCUUCAAAACGAUAAACAUAUAACAAAAGUAGAUUUUAAAGUUAGCAAUAAAUUAGAUAGAGUUCAAAAUAAAGUUUCUGGUAAAAGCAAACAUGGUGCUCAACCUUUACAAACAAAUUCCAAUAUUUGUAAAAUUACUUGUACAAAUGAAAAACCAUAUAUUAUAAAAUGUUGUAUAAUUGGCAAAUUGGUAGAAGUAAAUGAAACACUAAUACAAAAUCCUAAACUCUUAUUAGAACCUCCACAUAAAGGAGGUUAUUUAGCUAUAAUAUUGCCAAACAUAAAACUUUUAGAUAAAAUGAAAGAAUCUUUAUUAACUCAAGAACAAUAUAACUUGAAAAUAUUAGAGCGACAAGAUACUGCAAAUCACUUGGAAAAAUCAAAAAUAUAUACAUCGAAUACUUCAUUAAAAAAUGAUACAAAAAUAAUGAAUGAAAAAAGUCAACUGAGCUCUAAUAAAAAUCAAAUUACAUUGUCUAAUAUAAGCUGA